UUGUAUCUCAAUUCUUUCAAUUCACGCUUCUGUAUUUCCAAAGCUUCAAAAUCACAAACCCCUUUCAAUUCAUCCCAACCCUUCUCUCUCUAACAAGAGAAACAAUCACAAGAAGAAAACUAUACAUCGAAUUCCUCCUAUUCCUUGAAGCGCCUCUUUGAACACAAGUUUAUAUGUGAUUUAUUCUUGAUUGUAAACAAGAAAAUUGAGGGUUCUUCAUCCACAAAAAGGAAUUUUUUUUGUGGGUUCUCUGUUUCGUUUCAUGGUAUUUGUUUUUCUAGUUUCGAUUUCGUUAAAAAUCGGUGAAAAAUCAUGUCGUGUCUACCAGCUGCCUUCUCUGUUUCUAGUUCAAGCAGCCUGAUCGUGAGCAAUCGAGAGAAAGGGUCCUCGAUUGGGGGUUUAAAGUUGAGGAAUCCUAAUUCGAAGGAAAUUUGGGGGAACACUCUCGAUUUCACAGAUCAGAGAGGCUUCAUCACCAAUUGGAGCAACAAAGCCCCAAAUUUGGACCCUGUUUAUGCACAAGGAGCAAUUUCAUUUCCAAAAGCUCAAAAAUGGUGGGAGAAAUCUCUGCAGCCUAAUGUGAUUGAGAUUGAAUCAGCUCAAGAAUUGGUGGAGGGUUUGAGGAAUGCUGGUGAUAGAUUGGUUGUUCUGAACUUCUUCUCUCCUGGCUGUGGAGGGUGUAAAGCUUUGCAUCCAAAGAUCUGUCAGCUUGCUGAAUCAAACCCUAACACCAUUUUCCUCACUGUGAAUUAUGAAGAGCACAAGCCCAUGUGCUAUGCCCUCCAUGUUCAUGUCUUGCCCUUCUUCAGAUUCUACAGAGGUGCAGAUGGGAAUGUGUGCAGCUUUAGCUGCACCAAUGCAACCAUCAAGAAAUUCAAGGAUGCGUUGGCGAAGUACGGAAAGGAGCGAUGCUCCCUCGCCCCGGCUAAGGGUUUGGAGGAGAAGGAGCUCGUGGCAUUGGCAUCGAUGGAUCUUAUAUCGAAAGAUCUGGAGGUGCGAGAAAUGGCUGGAGCUGCGAAAUCGACCUUGUUUAGCAAGGUUGAGCUCAAGGAAGGCAAUGCCAUGGUUGCUGCAUAGGGUUUUGUCAAGAUUUGGAAAUGCUAUAUAUGUGUGUUUUUUAAUACAGUUUUGUCAUGUUUUGUUUGGAGGUGUAAAUAUGUUUUUCAUAUGUAAUAUUCCUAUGAUUUCAGGGCUGUUUGUUUUAGAUAUAAGCCCUGAAAAAGUAUUUGAAGAAUGGUUCCAAAAUGGAGCACCAUUUUUUGGUGGUGUUGUUAGAUUUCUCAUUUGUAUGUUGAAGAAUGAAGAUGCAAUUAAAUGAAAUGGAUUUAGAGUA